GUGGGUGCACGCGUGUGUGUGUGUGUCUGUCAGUGUGUGAGGAUGAACGGCGCAUAGAGGCUGCUGCUGCUCAGUGAGCGGAGGAUAACGCAGGAGAAGAAGGAGCGCGUAAACUCCAGGACGCGGAGUGGUUGCGCUUGCGUGCGCGCACACACACUCGGGCCGGUCUCUUUUUCUUCUUCCCCCUUCGCAAAAGUGCUGUUUCACCCCUGUUCUUGUCGUUUGUCGUCUCUGCAUCCUCUGGGAGCCUCUUUUCUUUCUGGAGAGCACCUGCACCGAGGCGCCUUCUCUCGCAUUCCAGAGGAUUGCACCAUCAGGACGCACCUCGCCUUGUCACAGAAAGGUCCACGAUGGGGCUCACUCCAUGUGCAGCUGGGCGGCAGAUCCUCUUUGCUUCGAUGCUGCUGCUCUAUUUAGGCUUGGGUGAGACCUCCUCUGUAGUGAACAUGCGUAGGAUCACCCAUCCCACAGUACAACAAACACUGGCAGGCAAAGCUGUCCUCCCCUGUGUCUUUACCCUCCAGACCAGCUCCUCCAGCCAGCGUCCACACAUCCUGUGGACCCGCACCGUGGCAUCUGAAGGACAGGAAGCUCCAGUGGAGCAGAUUGUGCUUUCAGCUAAGGGUGAUGUAAUCAAGCUGAAUAAGGCUUUCAGUGGUCGCGUCAUGCUGCCAGGACACACUGCCAAUCCUCUGAAUGCUACCAUGGAGAUCUCCAGUCUCCGUACCAACGACUCAGGCACUUACCACUGUCAGGUUGUCCUGGGUAACGACUAUGAGAGGGACACUGUGCCCCUGGUGGUCUCCGGUGUGGUGUUUCUCUACCGGACCCCCAGCGCCCGCUAUGCCCUCUCAUUUACCGACGCACAGCGGGUCUGCCAGGAGAACUCGGCUCAGAUCGCCACACCAGCCCAGAUGUGGGCAGCGUACUAUGACGGCUUUGCCAGCUGUGCAGCCGGCUGGUUGGAUGAUCAGACCGUUCGCUAUUCUGUCCAGCUGCCAGAGCUUGGUUGCUAUGGCCACAAGGAGUACUCCGCUGGAGUGAGGAAUUAUGGGAAGAGGGACCCGAAAGAGCUGUUUGAUGUGUACUGUUUUGCCAAAGAACUCGAUGGUGAGGUGUUUCACUCCUCGGUCCCGGGCAGGUUGUCUCUGUCUUCCGCCUCAGACCGCUGUGUGUCCCUCGGGGGGCAGCUUGCCACAGUGGGGCAGCUUUACCUUGCCUGGAGGGCAGGCCUGGACAGCUGUGCCCCUGGCUGGAUGUCCGAUGGCAGCAUUCGCUACCCGGUGACCUCGCCUCGCCUCGACUGUGGAGGCCUCCAGCCGGGAGUCCGCACAGUUACACCAAACAGCACCGCUGACAACACCACAGACCUAUAUGACGCUUACUGCUACAGAGGAAACACAAAGAACACGGACUCGGUCUCUCACAUCUACACCUCCCUGUGGAAGCCCUGGAGCUACCUCGCAGGCUCAAGUGAGGCUGACUCUUCAGGGAUGGACAGCCCCGACCCGACUACACAGCAGGCUGUCACUACCAGAGGAUCCUUAAAUGGCAGCGAUGGUUCACCCUCCAACUGGACAGGAUUGGUUGACCUUGAGGAGGAGGCCACUCUUCACAGCACUGAUGCUGCCUCAGACCCCUGGUCCUCAGAGUCUUCAGGAUCCUACGUGACCCUCCAGCUAAUCCCAGGACAGAGCUCCUUAGACUGGGGAGAGCCACUGGAGCCUGGUCCCGACUCGGAGGAGUUUCUCCGGCCCCCAGUUCACCCAACAACACCUGCUGAAAAGAAAGUGAUCUCAAAGAUUUCCAAGUCCAUGUGGAAGCCUUGGAACUACUUGGUGGGAGCUGGAGACGAGGAGGGAACCCAAGCACCCAACGGGAAGCCAGGUGACAAGGAGACAACCUCAAAAAAGGAAGAUCAAGAAUCUAAACCAUCUAGUUCGGCAUCUCCAGGUUUGUUUUCUUGGGGAAGUUCAUGGUUCAGCGGCCCCUCCGAGGAGAGCAGCGCACCAGCAAGCGUAGACUCACCCACUCGUCUGGCACCUACCUUGCCCGCCUCCGGUAUUCCUAUCACUACAGAUAGCACCAAGACCCGGGAGAGUCCAGAGACCCACACAUCCAAUGCCUCCAGCUCUGCACCUGAAAUCACCUCAUCCAGCGGGGAUACCUGGGUCCGCGUUGAAUCAGAGACCACGACCCAGCCGGGUGGCAAGAGGGAGGAGACGGUGACCUCCAGAGCGAGCGGCAGGGGCGGCAGAGGGAGGGGAAAGAAGAACCGAGGCGAGGACAGGAGUAGAGGAGAAGAGAAGGAGAGAGGAGAGGAGAAAGGGAAAGGAGAAGAUGAGGGGAGUGGAGAAAUCACCGGAGCAGAGGCGAAGGGGGAGAUACAAGUGUCAAGACGACCGGUUGGAACGUCUAAACCGAGAGAAAGGUCCAGAGAAAGAUCCAGGGAGAGGGGUCACAGGAAAGGACAGUCCACCGCUUCCACCACCACGACUACCACUGCCAGCACCAGUCCUCUGGAGAUCACUGGGAUGACCACAACUGGGUCAGAGAGCACUGACUUCUCUACAUCCAAAUCACCGUCCAGUUUACCGGCAGGAACACCAUCGAUCUCCCCAGACCAACAUCAAACACUGUCCUCCUCAGCAUCCCCAUCAGCCACAGUGUUAAUGUCCUCUUCUCAACCAUCGUCACCAUCUCCUUCCUCUUCCUCCUCUUCUUCAUCCACUUCCUCACCUUCACUGAUUUCCCAAACCGCAUCACUCUCACCCUCAUCAGUCUCCUCCCAUACCCUGUCUCAAAUGAUCGGAUCGGGAGACCCAUCUCCGUCUCCUCACCUUGAAAGCCAGGACGGCUCCUCGAGCCCCCUGACGCCGCCUCACUGGGUCCCAGUGAAGACACCAGGACAGAACAGCUCUGUGGAUUAUCCCCCGUUACUGUCAGGGCCCCCGGAUGAGGAAGAGCCCGCCUGGUCUCACACCGUGGGCUCAGGGGCCCUGUUACCUGGCAACAUGGAGGAGGAGAGCAACAGAGGAGCGAACGUCAGCACCGUCACUCUGGAGCCAACAACUGAGGUGGAGCCCUGCGUGACAAACCCGUGUCUGCAUGGAGGGAAGUGCCUACCUCAGGGAACAGGGGGCUACAGCUGCUACUGCCCACAAGGAUUCACUGGGGAGAACUGUGAAAUUGAUGUUGAUGACUGUCAGUCGGAGCCAUGUGAAAAUGGAGGCACUUGCAUUGACAAGAUUGAUUCCUUCCUCUGCCUUUGCCUGCCCAGCUACGGGGGAGACAUGUGUGAGAAAGACAUAGAAGGCUGCGAGCACGGUUGGUGGAAGUUCCACGGCCACUGCUACAGGUACUUUACCCACAGGCACACGUGGGAGGACGCAGAGAAAGACUGCAGAGAGCACAGUGCCCACCUCAGUAGUGUCAUCUCCACCACGGAGCAGGAGUUUAUCAAUGGCCUGGGUCAUGACAAUGCCUGGAUCGGACUGAACGACCGCACAGUGGAGGAGGACUUUCAGUGGACUGAUGGAAACGAUCUGGUUUAUGAGAACUGGAGGGAGAGCCAGCCGGAUAACUUCUUUGCAGGUGGCGAGGACUGUGUGGUGACCAUUGCCCAUGAGGAUGGCAAGUGGAACGACGUGCCCUGCAACUACAACCUGCCCUACAUCUGCAAGAAAGGCACAGUGUUGUGUGGGACUCCGCCCACAGUGGAGAACGCCCAUUUGAUAGGCCGCCGGAGGUCACACUAUGACAUCCAUUCGGUGGUGCGUUACCAGUGCUCUGAAGGCUUCUACCAGCGUCACAUCCCCACCACUCGCUGCCGGGCCGACGGGAGCUGGGAGAGACCCAGGAUCAUCUGCACAAAGUCCCGGCGUUCACACCGGUACAGGCGCCACCACCACAAUCAGCACCGUGAGCGCCGGAGCCACAGGAGACACGGCGGAGACGGACACAAGGCCAGAGAGGAGGCGAACAGCUCCUACUGAACCAAAUAACACAACAUGUCUGCUACGCCUAGGUGCUAACCCUGGCCCAUAAAGAAAAGACAGUAGUUGACACCCCUCCUGUUUUCCUUUCCCGUGCUUCUGACCAUGCUCUCCGUUUAGCUGACGAAUAAGGUUUACUUACUGUAACAUAACGUUUAUCUCCAUAACCCUGUCACUGAGUUUGGGUGUUUUUGAUGCCUCUUAUUGUUUUCAGCUGCUUUCUGUAACCAAGGUCCAUUCGAACACUAACUCCUACACUAACUCGUAUUAACCCCCCCCCCGACGUCUCAGUACAGUAAAUCCUGCACCUCUCUGGGUCUGUCGGACCGGCAGCAGCGUGUGAGCAUGUGUGAGCGUAUGCAUGUAGAAGAGAGGCGUAGAGAAGUGCUGAGUCAGGGUUUCUUUUCUAAAAGUUUGCUUGUCCCACAUGAAAAAUGACCCUCAUCCUAGUUUUCUGUUUACAACGCACAGAUGUAAUUGAUGCAAGACAGCUCCAGGUAACCCUGAGAUUUUUACGUGUGUACUGUAGCCGUUUCUUUUUUCUCCCAUAGAGGUCCUGAAUAGCUGGUCUGUCUUAAUCUGCUGACAUGCUUUUUUCCUGAUAUUUACUAUGUUUGUGUAUGUUGCUAUUUAUUAUGAAUCAUUUGCAAGUGAUAUACUUUCCCUUUUUAACUUAUAGUUCAAAAAGUCAGUGUAACAUCAUUUUUUUUCUAUGUAAGUCCAACAAUCAAUUAGUUACAAAGUUAAUAAUUUGAUUGCCUCUAAUCUCUGUACUGUAAAUAUUGUGGUGUUAUGUCAUUGGCUGAUCCUUAAUCAAUAGCUAGACCUUGUCCAAUCGAAUAGACCCCCCUCUCUCCAUAAGCACUCUAAACUCAAGCAUAUAUCCCAUUGACAUAGUUAGUUUAGAUGGGAUUAUACAGUACACCCUCGAGAUAACCACUUGAUUGUAUCUGAAUCGCUAAAUACUUUCGAUCUUUGCACGGCUAUAUUAACAUGAUGGGUAGAAUGUCACAAUUUGUUUGUCUUUGGUCCUUUUGAUAUUUGAUCGGUCAUCCACACUUUUGGUGUUCUUAUGACUUUUUGUCCUGCUGUUGUAUUUCAUUCUUAAUAAAGUGAGAAAAAUUUA